ACCUUGCGAAUGACUGAGGCUAGGGGCUGUUUGUGUGCUGGUUGAGGCAUCUAGCGGUAAUCAUUUGAAACUCUAUGCCCCGCCCUUUCAAGUGGUAAGAGUUUCAUUCAUGGGCGGUUCCUGGUUGCAGAGAUAUAGCGAUUUCAAAUCGGGUCCAUAUUUUGAAAUGCCCUGUAUAUCGGAAUGAUGAAAAGAGUACUUUUGGGGAAGACGUAUCGUCCCCAAUGAUUCCAUGAAUUUAUCACUUCGGAGUAGCGAUCCCAUUUAAUAAUCAAUAAUGUUUGUCUCGUUUUAACCGUCUCUUUCGCACAUCUAUUGUUUGUACCACCCUACAUGUACCAGCAUUGUAUUUGCUUAUAAUUGAUCACGAGUGAAAGAAUCGAUUUUAGAAUUGUCCAGGUAACUCAAGGUCAAGAGCGCUGAGAUUGCACCACUGAGAGCCUCAGUUUAAAUCACAGGCAGUAGUCGCCUGCAUAACGUGUUUGUAUGUUGAACCUAUUUCGCACCGUAUAUAGUCAACCGCGCUAAUCGAAGGUGAUGUAACACUUGGUUCUCAAAUGUAGCGAGCUCAUGGAAUACAGGGGGAAGGGGAAGAUUUAAAAAUGUAAAGAUAAAAAUAACACUGAAAGUACGCACCUCCUUAUCUCGGUGCGGUAUUAAGACACACAUUCGCAGACUGUUUUUUAUGAGGCGGUAGCCUACGUCUGUGUUAAUACGGUCACAUCGUUUAUAUUCGUGAGUGGGUGAAAGAGUGGGUAAAGCGCAUUGCACUCUGAAUCCGGAUACCCAGGUUCGAUUUCUGAGUGAUAUUUUAACCAGUCCUGGGCUCCCACUUCACCAAUUUGAACUUGACCAGCGUGGGGAAGUAUGGUCAAAUAACCCCUACGACAUGCACGGCGUAUGGAGGCCACCAUGCAGCAGUGGAUUCGCAUGGAUAUGUCCAUGACUAAAUUUCGCGUCGGAUAUAACGUCGACCAAGGAGAUGGAGCGAUGAAAUCAGCUCGAGUGCAAAUUCUAGGUGGAUCAUUAUUACAUCUAAGUUAUCGAGAGAAAUGGUGGGAGCGGGUGCUCUCUGGGGAGAACUUCAUCCAGCAGUGGAUUGGUCUUGACUGAUGAUGGAUGUCGCGUCUUGAGCACGACACAAUUCCGAUGGGAGGCUUUAGUGACGCGUGAUGCUCUGCUAUACAUAUGCAUGUGGGGUGGGGGAGGUGUAUAUCUACACAGGCUGCCUGCGUGCGGAGAGAGUUUCAUCUCUAGAUCGCAUGGAGUCGCAGUUGACAUCGCCGGGGGUACAUUGCACGGCGUUGGUCUCGCUCCACACGCCGGACAGGUACCACGCUCGGGACGUUGAGAAAAUAUGCGGGUGGGGGUUUUCCUGAAUAACGGCGUUAGCGUUGUUUUUCUAUUCACCAUCGAGGCUCGGUCUGCAUGUGAGCUAAACUAACACACGGGUACGUAUACAUUAUUCUGAAUAAACGUUGUUACAGAUUGGACCGAUACGCACGAUGCUGCCACCGUAAGUUAUUGGCAAAAAUUGCGCUAUAAGCUGAAAAAAGCAAAACAACAAAUAUUUGUUAAAAAUUAUUGCCAACCAACGCUUUGUACAUCAACUAUUCAUCCAUCCUUGGAGCAACAACAAAAAACAGCAAACGGCAGUUUCGACCUGAACACCGACAGUAUGCGUAUACUGUAGGCAUCGCUGAAAGAAUACGACGAUGGUUCUCAACGAAACCGGGGCCCUACCCGUGAACACGGGGCCCACGAAUUCCACGGUGGGCCCACCGCGCCUCCGGUCGUGGGGUAUCUUCGACCCCAGCUCCGUGGCCGUCAUGGCCGCGUACAGCCUCGUGUGCCUGGUGGGCCUCUUCGGCAACUCCAUGGUCAUCUACGUGAUCCUGCGCUACGCCAAGAUGAAGACGGCCACCAACAUCUACAUCCUCAACCUGGCCGUGGCCGACGAGCUCUUCAUGAUGAGCGUCCCCUUCCUGGCCACGUCCACCGCUCUGCACCACUGGCCCUUCGGGUCCUCGCUGUGCCGCCUGGUCCUCAGCGUGGACGGCAUCAACAUGUUCACGAGCGUCUUCUGUCUCACGGUGCUGACCUUCGACCGCUACGUGGCCGUGGUGCAUCCCAUCAAGGCGGCGCGCUACCGGCGACCGAGCGUGGCCAAAACCAUCAACGCGGCCGUGUGGGCCCUCUCCAUGGUGAUCAUCCUACCCAUCGUCGUGUACGCCGACACGCGGGUGAACGCCGACGGCACCGUGGUGUGCAACCUGCUGUGGCCUCGCCCGGAGUGGUCGGCCGCGUUCGUGGUCUACACCUUCACGGUGGGAUUCCUGCUGCCCGUGGCCGCCAUCUGCCUCUGCUACGCGCUCAUCGUGGCCAAGAUGCGCGCCGUGGCCCUGCGCGCCGGCUGGCAGCAGCGCAAGCGCUCCGAGCGCAAGGUGACGCUCAUGGUCACGAUGGUGGUGGCCGUGUUCGUCGCCUGCUGGAUGCCCUUCUACGUGGUGCAGCUCGUGAACGUGUUCGAAGGCCAGCAAGGCGCCACCGUCAACCAGCUGGCGGUCAUCCUGGGCUACGCCAACAGCUGCGCAAACCCGAUCCUCUACGGAUUCCUCUCGGACAGCUUCAGGCACUCGUUCCAGCGGGUGCUGUGCGUGCGCUGGGCCGAGCGCUACGGCGCGGACGACCCGGGAGAUUACUACGCCACCGCUGUGCGCAGCAGGGUGCUGGGCAGCGCUGCGACGGCGGUGGCGGUGGUCGUGGCGGUAGGGAACCAGCAGCAGCAGCAGCAGCUCGCCGAGGGCAGCGAGGCGUGCGAGGGGCCGUGCGCGCGCAACGGGACCUGCGUCUCGCGCACCACGCUCCUGUAACCUGCGCCACCUUCACGCCGGGGCUGCUACAGCCACCGCCGCCGCCGCCGCUACUGCUGUGCCUGCGGCUGUAAGGCUCGCUGAUGAGGUCUCUCAUGCCGUUGAGGAGUGGUUCAAACGAGACACGAGGAGAGUGCUUUUACAGCACUCGGGGCUUGCCCUUUGAUGACCGGGCUCGCUGAUGAGUCGUGAUGCGUUGUGAUGAAACUUGUAGCGAUUAUGGGUUCUUCUUAGUAGUCUUAUCUCGCUGAUGACGAGUUCGAAUGCGGCGUUUACGUGUUGAUGAGUGUACAUUUACACUACGGACAUGUUGACAAACCGAUAUGUUCCAUCUCCAGCGAGUUUACAAGUAAAAUAUUGUAAUAAACUAAAUUCAUUUUUUAAAAAAAAUGUGGUUACGUUGAAGAGUACUGAGUUAUAAGGAGCCAUGUGGCGUUGCGGGCUCUCUUUGUAAGCUGGCAGCAACUCACUGAUGAGCACUAAUGAGUUGGGGACCAAUGUAAAAUGCUAAGCUCUCUAAAAGUCUGUAAGUUGUGAAUGGCUCACUGAUGACCCCUGAUAGGGUGAGAAUGUGUACAACACUGAUCCCUACGCUAGUCUUUAAACUGGCCAGCGGCUUGCUGAUGAGCCCGAAUGAGUAAUGAAGAGCGUUGAAGCCCUGAACUCAUUGGCAGUAUACUGCUGGGCAUGACUCACUGAUGAGACCAAAUAAAGGGAUUUUAAACUCCGUGAACGUAGCUGCUCUGUGGCUGUCUAACGCGCUGAUGAGCCGCCCCAUCCCCCACCACCCCGAUAACAGUUCCAAUUUAUAUUCUGAGCUCUCCUUGGUAUUCGGUCGUCGUUAUGAGCCUGUUGUUUUAGAUGAGCGUUGCGGAACAUCCUUAGAGAGGGGCCGAUCCGGGUUUUCAAAUAACCGUUGGCGAUGUGACGCGUUACCACAAAGACAAAGAUCCCCCGUAUAGCCUAUAACAGACUGUUGGGGCAAGUGCUGUUGGCGAGCACCUAUGAAGGCCGGUACG